GUGCGCAGGCUCUCAGUGGGCCGCGGGACGGGACUUCCGGUAGAACAUUUCCGGUAGGGGCGGGGCUUCCGUUCGACCCGGGGGCGGCGGUACCGGGUCUGUAAAUCCUAAGUCCUUGUAGCACGUGGCGCGCUUUUGGCAUCGGGACUACAGCGCGGUUUGUGAGGCGGACGACCUCGGAGAGGCCGUGAGGUUGGACCGUCUGUGUGGCUCCUCCGGUGGCGCUGACGCCCCGUGCGUGCAGUCAUGGACUACAGGCGGCUGCUGAUGAGUCGGGUGGUUCCCGGGCAGUUCGACGACGCGGACUCCUCCGACAGUGAAAACAUUGACUUGAAGACAAUCAAAGAGGGAGAUGGCAAUCUGUUUGAAGACUUUCAAAAUAAUGUGAAUGAGAAAAUGAAUGAAGAUGAGGGAGAAGAGGAGGGAGAAGAGGAGGAAGAUUAUGAUGAUGAGGAUGAUGAUGAUUGGGACUGGGAUGAUGGAGGAAAACUCACCAAGUGUUAUAUCUCGAAUGGAGGGAGUAACCCACAGGCAAAUCGGCAGCCUUCCAACUAUAAUUCAGCCAAAAUGUCUACUCCAGCAGACAAGGUCUUACGGAAAUAUGAGAAUAAAAUUAAUCUAGAUAAGCUAAAUGUUACUGACUCUGUCAUAAAUAAAGUCACUGAAAAGUCUAGACAAAAGGAAGCAGAUAUGUAUCGCAUCAAAGAUAAGGCAGACAGAGCAACUGUAGAACAGGUGUUGGAUCCCAGAACACGAAUGAUAUUAUUCAAGAUGUUGACUAGAGGAAUCAUAUCAGAGAUAAAUGGCUGCAUUAGCACAGGAAAAGAAGCUAAUGUAUACCAUGCCAGCACAACAAAUGGAGAGAGCAGAGCAAUCAAAAUUUAUAAAACUUCUAUUUUGGUGUUCAAAGAUCGGGAUAAGUAUGUAAGCGGGGAAUUCAGAUUUCGUCAUGGCUAUUGUAAAGGAAACCCCAGAAAGAUGGUGAAAACUUGGGCAGAAAAAGAAAUGAGGAACUUGAUCAGGCUGAACACAGCAGGGAUCCCAUGCCCAGAACCUAUCCUGCUACGAAGUCAUGUUCUUGUCAUGGGUUUCAUUGGUAAAGAUGACAUGCCAGCACCCCUCUUGAAAAACAUCCAGUUAUCAGAAUCCAAGGCUCGUGAGUUGUACCUGCAGGUCAUUCAGUACAUGAGAAUAAUGUAUCAGGAUGCCAGACUGGUCCAUGCAGAUCUCAGUGAAUUUAACAUGCUGUACAGUGGUGGGGGUGUGUACAUCAUUGACGUUUCUCAGUCUGUGGAGCAUGACCACCCACAUGCCUUGGAGUUCUUGAGAAAAGAUUGUGCCAAUGUCAAUGAUUUCUUUUUGAAGCACAACGUUGCUGUGAUGACUGUGCGGGAGCUCUUUGAAUUUGUCACAGACCCAUCAAUUACACAGGAGAACAUGGAUGCUUAUCUCUCAAAGGCCAUGGAAAUAGCAUCCCAAAGGACCAAGGAGGAAAGGUCCAACCAAGAUCAUGUCGAUGAAGAGGUGUUUAAGCGAGCAUAUAUUCCUAGAACCUUGAAUGAAGUAAAAAAUUAUGAGAGGGAUUUGGAUAUAAUGAUGAAAUUGAAGGAAGAGGACAUGGCCAUGAAUGCCCAACAAGACAAUAUUCUAUACCAAACCGUCACAGGACUGAAGAAAGAUUUGUCAGGUGUUCAGAAGGUCCCUGCACUCCUAGAAAAUCAGGUUAAGGAAAAGCAUUGUUCUGAUUCAGAAGAUGGUGGAAGCUCUGAGUGUUCUGAUGCAGGUUCUGAAGAGCAGGGAGACCAUGCCUGCUCCAAGAAACCCACCACUGAUCUUGAAGUUGAUAAAAAGGAAAGAAAAAAGAUGGUCAAGGAAGCCCAGAGAGAGAAAAGAAAGAACAAAAUUCCUAAACACGUGAAAAAAAGAAAGGAGAAGACAGCUAAGACAAAAAAGGGCAAAUAGAAUCGGAACUAUAUUAUGUAUAGUAAUUUUCCAUCAGUUUUUAAAAAAAUAUUCUUAUUGAUUUCAGAGAUAAAGGGAGAGGCAGAGAUAGAAACAUUAAUG